AUGAUUGAACCAUUGAUUGCACUCUGCUCCAUCUUUGCAAUUUGUUCAUUUGCGUAUCAGCAUUGUCUUGCUCAAUGGGUAAGAGAAUGGAAUCACCCACCAAAAAAUGUGCUGGAGUCAGAGGUCAGACGAGGAGUCAGAGGAGUCAGAGGUUCAUCAUUUGGAUCAUUGGACUGUGAAGUUAUCGGUCUUGAGUUGAGACAAGCUUCAAUCUGGGAAAGAAGGGUGGCAACUUCUUCAAAGGUUAAGCAUUCAGUUCCCAUAACUCUAUGCAAGUGGUAUUUUACUGACUUCACACAAGCUUCCCACAGUCCACCCAUAUGUGGAGCAUUCGGUGGUAUGAAAUGCCACUCAAUGCUAUCGGGUAAACAUAUUUGA